AAUCAUCAACCCCUUCCGUGGAGAAAAGAUGCAAAACCUCCUCCGAGUCUCCGACGAUCUGCUAUGGCAUCCGUCACAUCUAAACUCUCGCUGGCCACUCGCUUUGCUCUUCGCCAAUUCCGCCACCGCCUCCGCCUCCGCCAACGCCUCGCUGGAGAUACUAUCUUCACCAUCUGGACGCGUCCGUUAUUUGCAUGCGCCGCCGGCGCCGCCGGCAGCCCCUUGGAUCCUCGCUUCCUACGCCGCGGCCUCGCGAAUCUCCCCGCCGGUGAGGACUCAACCGGGCGUUAUACCCGUUUGCCUGUGGGCGCGGAGCCUGAGGAUCUCGAGGAUGACUACGACGACCCUUACCCAGGUGACCCGGCUACCAUUUUCAACUACGACGAAAGGGACCUCGUAUCGGAAGAAUCCCUGUGGGCUCUGUAUGAGCGGUGGUGUAGCUUCCACAAAGUGGCGCGUAGCCAUGACGAGAUGAGGCGACGGUUCGAUUGUUUCAAGACGAAGGCACGACACAUUUACGAGUUCAAUAAGUCUGGCAUGAGCUACAUCAAGGGACUCAAUCACCUCUCUGAUAAGUUGGAUCAUGAGUUUUUUUUCCGUCGGGUUCCGUUGCCCCCUCGCUCAGUGUAUAAGAGCAGUCAUGUGAUCUUCAAUAAGAACGGUGAGGUUACGGCCUUCAUCAAUGAUGAUGGGAUUCUAGAAGAGGUGAACUCUCCGGCCCCAAGAACAGUAAAACCUGUUAAAAUGACAAAAUCACCUGAAAUCUAGAUAAAGUGCAAAUGUCAUGCUUCAUUUAUAGGCUCCCAGAGUAUGUUAGUUUCCUUUUUCUCCGCAAAUAAAUGCAUUUUAGAUUUUAUUCUUAAUGAGAUUAAUGAGAGACCAAGUACA